ACAGUGACACGGUUUGCUCAGGCUACGCUUAAUCUUUUAUUUAAUUAAAUACUUCAUUUGAGCCAGUAUAACACUAUAUAACAGCAUCUGCAACAGUUUCCUUCGGAAACUAAAUAACCUGUACGUUAAGCGGCUUCUAACCACAAACCGUACGAUGUCUCAAGAGCAAAUGUCCGAAGAGAACUCUAACUCCAACAUGAGCGAAGUGGUAACAGAGAAGGCUAAAGAGAACUCGAAAGAGCGGAAGAGGCUGAAGAUCCUGGCGUUCCACGGGUACCGGCAGAACGGCGCCGUGUUCCGCGCCAAGAUCGGCUCCUUCCGCAAAGCCGUGGCCAAGUACGCGCAGCUCACGUUCCUGUCGGCGCCGCACCGAGUGCUGCACGAGGAGGGGGGAGGGGAGGAAGACUCGCGGUCGUGGUGGUUCAACGCGGAAGACAACACAUUCAGCGGCAAGUGCCUGGGCGGGCCGGCGCUGGGCUUCGAGGCCACCCUCAGGGUGGUGGAGCGCGCCGUGGCCGAGCACGGCCCCUUCCACGGGCUCAUGGGCUUCUCGCAGGGCGCCUGCCUCGUGGGGCUGCUCGCCGCCAUGCAGCAGAAGGGAUAUUUACCGUACACAUUCAACUUCGCCAUCUUCGCAUCAGGGUUCCGAUCGGGCAGUCUGGUGCACAAGGGCUUUUACGACGAGGAGAUCAACCUACCCUCGCUGCAUGUGUACGGCGAGGGAGACUCCAUCAUACCAAAGGAAAUGUCCGAAUCCCUAAUAAGCCUGUUCACGAAACCGGUGGUGGCGGAGCACUCGGGCGGGCACUACGUCGCGUGCUCGGGCUCCAUCAAGGACGCCUACCAGGACUUCCUGCACGACCGCUGCCAGGACCUGCUGGAGGAGGAACCGGAUAAUAUACAGCCAAAGGAGGAUGAAGAUAUGCGAUAAGGCCUAUUGUUAAAUAGAUAUAGUUUAUUUUUAAUAAAUGUGUGAAGCG